CUGGACGCAUUUCAGCACCUGGGAGCUGUCCGCCGUGCACGAGCCUGCCGACAACUGACGGUGAGGAUGGCGAAGGUGAAGCAGGUGGGCUUGCUGGCAGCAGGCUGUCAGCCGUGGAAUAAAGACGUGUGUGCAGCCAGUGGAGACCGUUUCGCCUACUGUGCUACUUUGGCUAUAUACAUCUACCAGUUGGACCAGCAGUACAAUGAAUUUAAACUGAGGUCCAUCAUGUCAGAACACAAGAAGACGAUAACAGCAAUCAGCUGGUGUCCUGACAACCCCGACCUGUUUGCUUCAGCCUCUGCUGAUAACCUCCUCAUCGUGUGGAACGUAGCAGAAAAAAAGGCGGUGGCACGACUGGACAACACUAAAGGCGUCCCCGUGUCAGUCAGCUGGUGCUGGAACUCGGCUGAUGGAGUGGCGUUCGUCUCCCAGCGCGGUCCCCUUUAUAUCUGGGUCUAUCGAGGUCCUGAUCCUGGGGUCACAGUGCAUAAAGAAGCCCACUCCUUCCUGUCUGACAUCUGCCUCUUCAGAUGGCACCCCACCAAGAAGGGAAAACUGGUGUUCGGACACACAGAUGGAAGUCUGUCUGUGUUUCAGCCAGGGAGUAAAAGCCAAAAGCACGUACUGCGUCCGGAGUCUUUAGAGGGGACGGAUGAAGAGGACCCCGUCAGUGCCCUGGAGUGGGACCCUUUGUCAACAGACUAUUUACUAGUGUCUAACCUCCAUAACGGCAUCCGGCUGGUGGACAGCGAGGCCUUGGCUUGUAUCACGUCGUUCUGCUUCCCCUCAGCUGCCGCGUCCGUUCAGUGUCUGGCCUGGGUCCCGUCUGCGCCCGGCAUGUUCAUCACCGGAGACUCGCAGGUCGGAGUGCUGAGAGUGUGGAACGUGUCUCGCUCGACCCCGCUGGACAGCUUUAAGCUGAAAAAGACGGGAUUUCACGCUUUGCAUGUCCUCAACUCCCCUCUGGCCAAGAAAGCUCAGAGUUCCUGUUCUCCCAGUAAAAGUCAGUAUACCAGUUCCACCAGUGAGGCAGUGCCUCCUCCGACCCUGUCACAGAACCGCUCCUUCUCUCUGCCUCCCGGCCACGCUGUCUGCUGCUUCAUGGAUGGAGGGGUGGGCCUCUACGACAUGGGAGCCAAGAAGUGGGACUUCCUGCGAGACUUGGGUCACGUGGAAACCAUCUUUGACUGUAAGUUUAAGCCCGAUGAUCCCAACCUGCUCGCCACGGCGAGCUUCGAUGGAACCAUCAAGAUCUGGGACACAAACACUCUAACAGCUGUUUACACCUCCCCCGGGAAUGAAGGCGUGGUCUACUCCCUGUCCUGGGCUCCAGGAGACCUGAACUGCAUCGCAGGAGCGACGUCUCGUAACGGAGCGUUCAUCUGGGAUGUCAGGAAAGGAAAAAUCAUCACUCGCUUCAAUGAGCACGGGAAGAACGGGAUUUUCUGUAUAUCCUGGAGCCACAAAGAUUCAAAGAGGAUUGCCACCUGCAGCGGAGACGGAUUCUGCAUCGUCCGGACCAUCGACGGGAAAAUCCUCCACAAGUACAAACACCCUGCUGCUGUGUUUGGUUGUGACUGGAGCCAGAACAACAAAGAUAUGAUAGCAACAGGCUGUGAGGAUAAAAACGUCCGCGUGUACUACCUGGCCACCAGCUCGGACCAGCCUCUGAAGGUGUUCACGGGGCACUUGGCUAAAGUGUUCCAUGUUCGCUGGUCCCCACUGAGAGAAGGAAUCCUGUGUUCUGGAUCAGACGAUGGGACUGUUCGCAUCUGGGACUACACACAGGACGCGUGUAUCAAUGUGCUGAGUGGCCACACAGCUCCAGUCAGAGGCCUGAUGUGGAACACAGAGGUGCCUUACCUCCUCAUUUCAGGUUCUUGGGAUUAUACGAUCAGAGUGUGGGACACGAGAGAUGGCACGUGUUUAGAUACCGUCUACGACCACGGAGCUGAUGUCUACGGUCUAACGUGUCAUCAGAGCCGUCCGUUCACCAUGGCCAGCUGCAGCAGAGACAGCACGGUGAGGCUGUGGUCCCUCACUCCCCUCAUCUCCCCUCUGCUGCUGAACAUCCUCACGGAUCAGCCCUGGGAGAAGAUCAUCGGAAACACAGACACAGCGAUGGUUCCCGGCUCGCCGCCGCUGCUCUGUGGAAAAGUGUCCCGAGACAUCAAGCAGGAGCUGGACAAGCUGAGCUUCGACAUCAGAGCCAAGAAGCUUCGCUGGUUCUCUGAAUGCUUUUCGCCUCCAGGAGGCAGCAGCAACCUGUGGGACCUGGUGUCUGUGAUCAACGGCCAGGACGACUCACUGCUACCGUCCAGCUACAGCAAAGGAGUGAUGCACAUGAAGCACCUGCUCAAGUUUAAAACCUCUGAAGCUCAGGAGCUGACGAUAGUGAAGAUGUCUAAAUUUGGAGGCGGAAUCGGAGCUCCCAGCAAAGAGGAGCGGCUGAAAGAAGCUGCAGAUAUCCAUCUGAGGCUGGGACAGAUCCAACGAUACUGCGAGCUGAUGGUGGAGCUGGGACAGUGGGAGAAAGCAUUAUCCGUGGCACCAGGAGUCUCCAUGAAGUACUGGAAGAAGCUCAUGCAGAGGAGAGCUGACCAGCUGAUGGCCGAGGAUAACGACGAUGCCAUCCCGUACUGCAUCGCCACAGGAGACGUUAAAAAACUCGUGACUUUCUUUACCGGCAGAGGACAGCUGCUGGAGGCCUUACUGAUAGCACAGGGAGCGUGUGAAGGGAACAUUCGAGCACCUCAAAGUUCUCCAGUCAACCACACGAUGAAUGACGUGGACAACAGACAGCAGUACCAGAGCCUCCUACAUAAAGUUUGUAAGGAACUUGCUGAGUGGUACUUCCAGGAUGGAUGCUCUGUCCUGGCAGCAUGCUGCCACCUGGCUGUGGACAACACUGAGUUAGCCGUGUCCAGUCUGAUCCGAGGUAAUGAGCUGGAGCUGGCUGCAUGUGUGGGCAUCGUCCUCGGAGAGGCGGCCAAUCAGAGCACGGCUUACUGCCUUGAGCUACUGGCCAGGAAGUACAUGACCAAUCCGACAUGGGAGCUGUCAGCUGACCUGCUGCAAAUGAUUCCCGACAGCCACAUUUUACUGGCUAAACUGUGCUCAUUCUACCCAGGAAGUGCUGCUGAAAUCAACCAGUUACAUGAAAGGUGCGGCCUGCCUCUGCUGGAGGAGUGCAAAGCGCUGGCAGAAGCAGCCAUGAAUGAAGGAGAUUUGUUUUCAGCAGUUAAAUUCCACCUGCUGAGCCCUGAACCUGAAAACGCCCUUCAGAUCGGGAUAAACCACGUUAAAGAACAGCUGGCUGGAUCUGAUUGGACGAUGGAUAAUGUUCAGCCAAUCCUGGACCUGAUGAGUUACAUCAGAACUGAUCGCCUCAUCACGACAAAGACGACAGAAGCCCGCAGUGAGCUGUUGAUCCUGUGUGGUUAUGUUGGAGCUCUGCUGGCCAUUAGAAGGCAGUACUCCAGCAUCGUACCUGCACUCUACGAAUACACCAGUCAGCUGUUGAAGCGGAGGGAGGUGUGUGUUCCUCUGAAAAUUGAGCAGCUGUCUGUGGAGCUGGAUGCCUGGCGGGCCUGCACGCACACUAACAGCAUCCCCCCAUCAGAGUGUCAAAGAGAUGAGUUCAGCUGCCUCGAGAGGAGAAUACAGCCAACUCAAAAUGGUGGGUUGCUCCUUUGUGGUGCCGACUACGUGACGGGCUCCAACCUGCCGAGUCACUCAGACCUUCAGCUGUCCUGUUUCACCGGGCAGAGAAUACAGGGUCCAGUGUUUUUACUGGAGGACAAUAAAUCAGCCAUCUCACUCAACGAUGCUUUAAUGUGGGCGAAAGUCAACCCCUUCUCCCCCCUGGGAACAGGACUGCGCAUCAACCCCUUUUAACACACACGAAGAAGAGAACGCUCAUGGAGGGAUGAAAGAGACAGAAACCAGCGGGAAAUCAGGCUCAAAGGAACUCUUUUUGCCAACUGUAUAUUCAGACAAGCUCAUAGCUUUUGUAGAUUUUGAUAUUGGUUAGCUGUUACGUGAUGAGAAUUUAGCCAACAUCAUACUUCAUGUGUGAGGGGGGACUAAUACUGAAUGUGGCAGACAGGAUAGGAUUCCCUCUUGAUUUCCCACAGUGUGAUCAUGUACAUACAGGGUAUAAAUCUGAGUUCUUCUACUGUACAAAAAGAAAGCACUGGAAUAAAGAAACCAUCGAGUAUUUAUGGGAGACUUGACCUUCUUCCUUUGUGCUCAUGUUAAUUAUAAACUUCUUCUUUCGGCUUUUCCCUUUAGGGGGCGCCGCAGUGGAUCAUCUGCCUCCAUCUCAGCCUAUCCCAGCAUCCUCCUCUGUCAGACCAACCCUCUGCAUGCCGUCCUUACUACAUCCAUAAAUCUUCUCUGAGUACCUCAGUUCCCCUCUCAGCACCCUAUCAUCUGCUUUCUCUGGAUCCACAAAGUCAAGCUCCUUCUGACCUUCUCUACACUUAUUACACUUCAGAGGUUUUAAAAAGCCAGUACAGAACAGUCAGUCCAGGGAUCAGUAACAUUUACUAUCUAAAGAGCCAUUUUUAGUAUGGAGUCACAAAACAUGUUUGAGUCUUAUAAUGAAAGGUUGACUACUCUGUAGUGGGCUAUUUAUGAUUAUUUGGUAACAGAGUUUGACGCUCUGAAGGCUGCUGAGAAUCCUCCCCAUAUUUAUGCAAAUGAAUCAAACAUUAACAUUAGCCUGCUCUGAUAAUAAAUACAGGAAGCUCAUAACUUCAAAAAUAGUAAAAGUAAAAAAUAGGCCUGUUUAACACAGAUUCCAGCUGCAGAUCGAGGAGAGGCGACUCACUCUCUUGGUGAGUGCACAGUUUGGAAAGAAGCUGAUAUUUUCACCACUGUGAAAGGCUCUGAUUGGUCGAGGAUUCAUAAGAAAUAUCAACAGUGAACACAGGCUAAGGCUGACUGACACUGUCUCCCAGCCCACAGUUAAAGACACAUAACAGAUUGUGCUGUACGAAUCAAGUUUCUGAUGCCAUCGUCCCUUUUCUGGGCUGUACUGGACUGACAGUAAUCAGUAUCAGAAAUGUUCCUCCAACCACACAAGAUGUUUCCUGCAGUCCGGGGGGCCUGCGGCAACUCUGCUUUGCUUAGCGCCGUCAGAAUAAUUUCAGUGAUUUGUUCAGUGUUGCUGUUAUUUUCCUAGAAUCAUGUUAAACUGGGAGAUAGUUGGAAGGGUGAUAUUUAACAUGAAGAAUUUCACUCUCAAAAACUGAGGCGCCGCCUUCUUGGAUGGUCCGUUAGUCCAAUGAAGCGCACAGCAGCCACAUUAUUGGUCAGAUCACUGCAUUAAAAAUGUUCCAAAAGGCUCCAACAGCACAAACACGGUCCAGAGGUCCAGUUAGCUGAGGUGAAGCCUAGCAGAGAGCUAGCAGCUGCAGCCGCCUGUGUCACCAUCCACCUGUCAGUCAAAGAGGCCACGCCCCUAAUGAACUUGAAGCAUGCCAUUUGCAAUGCCAACAAAAACAAA